AUGGAGGAAGACAAAAUCAGCCAACUCCCCGAUGAUAUUCUUCUACUCAUCCUCGAUAAAAUCGACACAUCUCAAGCCGUUGAAACCAUGAUUCUCUCCCAUAGAUGGAAAAACGUGUGGCGUUCCCUCCCCGGCCUCCGCUUCCACUUCAGCUUCGCCGCAAGUGUAUUUCCCGAUCCCCCUCUCGUAGAAGAGUGCGAUCGCCAAUUGCAAUCUCACCGCAAGUUUGUUUCCCAAUUCCUCUCUCGCCGCGACGCCGCAGCCGCCCUCCACGACUUCCAUAUCUCACUAGACAAACUCUCGUUCCAAGAGCGAAGGAUCUACAUCUACGAUGCUCACAGGGAAUUCAUGGAUGAAUGCUUCCUCUACGCCGCCAACCACGGCGUUCAAUCCCUUCGACUCGAGGCCCCCAACUACCCCAAUCUGUGGCUUCCGGAAGCGCUUAUCUCCUGCAAGACGCUGCGGGAGCUCAGGUUAGAGGGCAACCCGGUAAAAUUCCCUGGAAGCUUAUCUUUGCCGAAUUUGAAAACCUUUCAUCUUGAAGGAAAAAUGGUCUUCGAUGAUGAUCGCGACAGAAGGGAGCCUUUUUCCGGCCUCCCGGAGCUUGAGGAGCUUACUCUUAAAACCUUAUCAUUUGAUGUAAUUGCUUUAAAGGCUCCAAAGCUUAGGGUUUUUGAAAUCACCUGUAUUUGGAUUGUAGCGAAAGAGGUUUCUGCGCCGUUGCUUACCUCGUUUAGUUACAAUGCUUUUGAGGCUUGGGAAUGUGAAAAGGUGAAUCUUCCGAUGUUGGAACAAGUCCAUUUAGACAUUCAUGACAUUGGAGACGAUUUCGAUCAGAUGCAAACCAACUUUGUCAGGAUGUUUCACCAGUGUCGGAACGCUACCACGGUUUCAUUGACAUUGGACACUCUACAGGCUCUUGAACGCUAUGGUGGUCCCUUUGAGCAAACUCCUCCCCCGUUUCCCAACAUGAAGUGUCUCAAGGUCAUAGAAGGGCUUAACAAAACGCACAAAGUGUUUCGGAGAGUAAUGAACUAUUUGACGGGGACUUUGUGUUGUGAGGUGAAGCUUCCUCCUAGCAUGGUUGAUGUUGAGCAGAUGUCCAACUAUGAUGAAGACAACUGUGAAACAUUUGUGUGA